AAUGCAAUGAUAAGAUGAAACUUGAAAGCAAUAGUCACUCUUCUCAUCAUUUAUUUAUAAACAGACUUGCAGUAAUUAACACAUAAGAAAGAAAGAAAUAUAAUGGUUUUCAUACAAGGAGAAGCAAGAAUGUUGUUGCAAGACCUUGUGGUUGCUCUUAUACCAAUAAUCGCCUCGCUCUUAUUCAUCAAAUGGUUAUUUUUCAGUGCCCCAGUGAACAGAAAAAACUUGCCACCUUCACCAUCAAGACUCCCAGUAUUAGGAAACUUCCAUCAGCUAGGACUGCUUCCUCACCGUAAUCUUCAAUCCUUGGCUCAGAAACAUGGUCCAAUGAUGCUUCUUCACUUUGGAAGUGUGCCUACUCUUGUACUUUCCUCUGCGGAUGCAGCCCGUGAAGUCAUGAAAGUCCAGGACCUAAAAUUUUGUGACAGGCCUUCAUCAAGUCUUUUGAGGCGUCUGCUGUAUGACGGGAAGGAUAUAUCCGUGGCACCUUAUGGAGAGUACUGGAGGCAGCUAAAAAGCAUCAUCGUUCUGCAGCUUUUGAGCAACAAAAGGGUGCAGUCAUUUCGUAGACUAAGAGAAGAAGAAACUGCCCUUAUGGUGAACAAGAUUAGAGACUUGUCCUCUUCUUCACUGUCCGUGGAUUUAAGCGAGUUGUUUGUGACACUAAGUAAUGAUGUGUCCUGUAGGUCUGCGUUUGGGAAGAAGUAUAGUGAAGACGGAAGUGGGAGGGAAUUUAAGAAGCUUUUAAAGGAGUUUCUGGAGUUAUUAGGUAGUUAUAGUUUUGCGGAUUUUGUUCCAUGGCUUAGAUGGGUAGAUCGAAUAAGUGGUUUGGAUGGCAAAGUGGACAGAGUUUUCAAAAAUCUUGAUAAGUUCCUCCAAGGAGUUGUUCAAGAACACUUGGAUAAACAAGCAAAUCAGCUUGAAGAUAAGGAAAACUUUGUUGAUAUCUUGCUCAGGAUUCAAAAUGAAACUAUUCAUGGGAUAUCUAUUGAAAAUGAUAAUAUCAAGGCAAUCCUCUUGGAUGUAUAUGCUGCUGGAACUGAUACCACCUCUACGGUCCUUGAAUGGGCAAUGUCUGAACUCUUGAGAAACCCGUAUGUCAUGAAUACAGUACAAAAGGAGAUCAGAGAUAUUCUUGGUUGCAAACCUGAUAUAGAAGAAAACGAUUUGGAGAAAAUGCAGUAUCUGAAGGCAGUGAUCAAAGAAACUCUUCGUCUGCACCCUCCAAUACCCUUGUUGGUUCCCAGAUCAGCACGUGAAGAUGUGAAAUUAAACGGCUAUGACAUUGCUGCUGGAACCAUGGUUAUAACUAAUGCCUGGGCUAUUGGAAGAGACCCUGCAACAUGGAACGAACCGGAAAAGUUUCAGCCAGAGAGGUUCUUGAAUUCCUCUAUUGAUUUUAAAGGACAAGAUUUUCAGUUGAUUCCCUUUGGAGCUGGCAGAAGAGCCUGUCCCGGAAUUUCUUUUGCCAUGGCUACUAAUGAAUUUGUGCUGGCAAAUCUCCUGCAUAAAUUUGACUGGAAGUUGCCUGACGGAAGAAAUGGGGAGGAUUUAGACAUGAGUGAAAGACCCAGUGCUUCGGUUAAAAGAAAAAUUCCACUUCUUGCUGUUGCAACUUCAUGUUGCUGCUAGUGUACCUGCAAAAAAUCAAGACUUUAAGAUGAUGGUGUUAAAUUUUUAUAAAGAUAGCAACUUCACCAUUAAAAUACAUGUCUUCUAAAUUAGAGUAAAUUGCAAGGGUGUGGCCGAAGUUUACACCGAUAUUGAAGCAAAAAAAUAUUUGCAUAGAGGAACUCCCCUGUAUCUCUGUUGAGGUCUGGCCACGUUUUUGUAGUUUUUAAAAUUCAGCCACAAACUUGCAAAUCGGUGUAAACCUCAGCCACACCCUUGAAAUUUACUCUCUAAAUUAUUGUGCUUUAUUUG